AUGGCUUCAACAAGGACGCCUUUUCGUGCCCUGUCGAGGGCUUCCCAGUUUUUGGGCUCGAGACGACCAUGGACGUGCGCAUCCUGCAAAAAUGGGCGAACAACCCCCCGACGCGGGUUUGCGACGGCGCCGGAACAGCCUCAGAAGCCUUACUAUGUGACAACACCGAUUUUCUACGUCAACGCCGCACCCCAUGUUGGCCAUCUGUAUACCAUGGUCAUCACCGAUAUCCUCAAAAGAUGGCAGGUCCUACUCGGGAACACGAAUGCUCAGCUGUUGACUGGAACCGAUGAACAUGGAAUGAAGAUUCAGCAAGCUGCCAUCCAGGCGGGGAUGGACACCCAAGCGUUUUGCGAUAUGAACUGCCGGACCUUCGAGGCUCUAGCCAAGGCAGCGAACCUUGACAACGAUCACUUCAUCCGAACCACCGACCCGACACAUCGAGACGCCGUUCAAUAUUUCUGGGAUAUGUUGAAACACCGAGGUUAUAUCUAUGCCUCCAAGCAUGAGGGCUGGUACUCGGUGAGCGACGAAACGUUCUACCCGCAAUCGCAAGUGCAAAGCUCAUUGGAUCCAUCCACGGGGAGGAAACGAAUGGUUUCGGUUGAAACAGGCAAAGAAGUGGAAUGGUCUUCAGAGACCAACUAUCACUUCCGUCUCUCGGCCUUCAAGGACCGGCUCCUUGAACUGUACAAACGACAAGAACAGUUCAUGACGCCCCAAACAUACACGAACUCUGUCAUCAACUUUGUAUCGUCGGGCCUGCAGGACCUCUCUAUUUCCAGGCCAGUAGAACGAUUGACCUGGGGCAUCCCAGUCCCCGGUGACGACACGCAAACCAUCUACGUGUGGUUGGAUGCGCUAGUCAAUUACUUGACCAAGGCGGGAUAUCCUUUCCCUCCCGGGCAAGAAAACGCCUCCAUCUGGCCUGCCAAUGUCCAUGUAGUUGGAAAGGAUAUCGCGCGUUUCCAUUGCGUUUAUUGGCCUGCAUUUCUCAUGGCCCUUGAUCUGCCCUUGCCCCGGAAGGUCCUUGUACACGGACACUGGACGAUGAAUCGCGAAAAGAUGUCCAAAUCCACCGGGAACGUGGUGAACCCGUUUUUCGCCAUUGACCGCUUCGGGGUAGACACCAUGCGAUUCUUCCUAGCCUACCGCGGUGGUCUCUCGGACGAUGCCGAUUUUGACAACGCGUUCAUCAUCCGCGAUUAUAAGAAAAUGUUACAAGGGGGCAUGGGUAAUCUCGCAAACCGCACCAUCGGUUGUGCCCGUGGGAAGUUACGCUCGCACAUCAUAGACGCUGCAUCGGGCCAACUCCCGCCUGCAACACCCGAGGAUCUGGAUCAUCAAUCCAUGCUGGAACACACACCAUCCAAGGUUGCCGAGCACAUGGACGGCCUGAACCCACGAGCCGCGCUGCAGGAGACUAUGAGCAUAAUUGAGAAGACCAACAAAUACUUCCAUGCGGCGGAACCAUGGAAAGGCCCGGAACCCCAAAGGGUUCUCUACAAUGUCGCAGAAUCGCUUCGGAUCUCCGGCAUUCUGCUUCAACCCUUCAUGCCUUCCAAGGCAGACGAACUCUUGACUCUUCUCCGCGUAGACACGGACGCCUCCAAGCGGGCAUUCUCGGCGGCGGUCUAUGGCAAGGACCCAGACUACGGGGAGGGCAUGAAGAGGGGCAUUCUUUUCCCUCCGUUGCUUGCUGAGGAAUAA